GUGCGAGGUUGGGGGCAGUGGCGUGAUAGCUACCUUUGCUAUCGACAACCUUGUGCCAACCCACCUCCCCCCCACGUGCCCUUCCAUUGGCGCGUCUGAUAACUCUGUACACAGUAAUCUGUACACGAGCUCCGAAUCCGAGCGCCCGGAUUCCCGUGGGGUUUUGACCGCCGCCGCCGUCACGCUUGUGACGCGCCCUGUCCAAAUUGGGAUAUCCUCUGCCCGAACAAGCGGCCGACAACGCGCCAGGUCGUCACUUUGGGGUUGUUCCUCAUCACACGUCCUUCCGAAGCCGGUUAAACCGCCCAGUCCUUGGCCCUCCCCGCGCUUGCCCGCCGGAGGGGGGCGAUCUGCGUGUCGUCUUCACCGGAGCUCAGUCCGUCGAGCGGAGGGGGGGUUGAGAUGAUCUUCGUCCCUUCACCUCAGCCCUGCCCGCCCCGGUCUUGAAUGCGACUUGUCUUUUGGGUUCCCGGGAACGGGGGAUGUCUCGGCUUUCUUGCGGGAAUUGGUUUAGCUUGCGAGGGCAACGGUGGUCGGUUACCAGGGGGCGCUGGUGCUACGCUUGUUCGCUUGAGGGGAAGGCUGUUGUUGGAGGGAGGGUUGUUCAUGGUCGUGGCCUGGAGAUGCACGACCUCACUGGGAUACCUCUCUUUCCACCCUCCCGCUCUUGAUGAAAACAGGAAUGGUUAAGCGGUUGAGAUGUCAGCUGUGGGAGGCUAAAGGUUGCGUGGCGCUGGUGGCUGCAGUAGGUUGGCUGACAACAACCUCACCGACCUGCAGCUACUUGUAGCUUGCUGCACCUAACCAAUUUCAUGACGGGGUGAGGCCGCUAAGUGAGGUGCCGUGACUCGGCUUCGUCUUCCUCGAGUGCGUGACAUAAAAGUUGGGGUACUUCCACGGCCCGAUGUAAUAAUGACAAGCACGAUCGAGUGGUGAACAGUGUUGUCGAACUCAACGACGGGAGAGUAUACCGGCAUAGCCCUUCCUGUUGAGUUGCGAGGUCAGAAAUGGCCGCUAACUCCAGGCUACGUACUGCUCUUGUAGAUGAGAAAGAAGCUCGGUGACACAACAUACAUACUGC